AUGGAUGCCCAGCUGCUGCCCCUUGCGGUGAAGCGCGAUGUCCAGGAGAAUGAUGAAGAGGCGGUGCAAGUCAAAGAGCAAAGCAUUUUGGAGCUCGGCAGCCUCCUAGCCAAGACAGGACAAGCCGAAGAGCUCGGAGGACUCUUGAAGUAUGUGCGUCCCUUCUUGAACUCCAUCAGCAAGGCGAAGGCAGCCCGUCUGGUUCGGUCCCUGCUAGACCUGUUCCUAGACAUGGAAGCUGCAACUGGACAAGAGGUUGACUUGUGUCUUGAAUGCAUCGAGUGGGCCAAAUCAGAGAAGAGGACGUUCCUGCGCCAAGCUCUGGAGGCAAGGCUGGUGUCCUUGUACUUUGACACUAAAAGGUACCAGGAGGCGUUACAGUUAGGCUCACAGCUUUUGCGGGAGUUGAAGAAGAUGGAUGACAAGGCCCUCUUGGUGGAAGUCCAGCUGCUGGAGAGCAAGACCUAUCACGCCUUGAGCAACCUGCCAAAAGCGAGAGCAGCGUUAACCUCUGCCCGAACCACAGCCAACGCAAUAUAUUGCCCACCCAAGCUGCAGGCGGCCCUAGAUAUGCAGUCAGGCAUCAUCCAUGCAGCAGAAGAGAAAGACUGGAAGACGGCGUACUCGUAUUUUUAUGAGGCGUUCGAGGGUUACGACUCUAUCGACAGCCCCAAAGCCAUCACAGCGUUGAAGUACAUGCUGCUGUGCAAGAUCAUGCUGAACUCGCCUGAGGACGUGCAAGCGCUUGUGAGCGGGAAGCUUGCUCUGCGAUACGCUGGCAGACAGACAGAAGCGCUAAAGUGUGUGGCCCAAGCCAGUAAGAACCGAUCGCUGGAGGACUUCAAAAAGGCGCUGAAAGAUUAUAAAGUUGAACUCAGGGACGACCCCAUCAUCAAUACGCAUUUGGGCAAACUCUACGAUAACUUAUUGGAACAGAACCUGAUCCGGGUCAUCGAACCGUUCUCCAGAGUGCAGAUUGAACACAUAUCUAGCCUUAUCAAGUUGUCAAAGGCGGAUGUGGAAAGGAAACUCUCUCAGAUGAUCCUGGACAAAAAGUUCCAUGGGAUCCUUGACCAAGGCGAAGGCGUUCUGAUCAUUUUCGACGAGCCGCCUGUAGACAAAACGUACGAAGCGGCUCUGGAGACCAUUCAGAACAUGAGCAAAGUAGUGGAUUCGUUAUACAACAAAGCCAAGAAGCUGACAUAGAGUUGGGAACUGUUGCCUGUUGCUUUGGAGAGUGGGUGCGUGAAACCUUUUUUUUUUGUGAGGGGG